ACGAAUCUGACGGUCCGCGGCGGUGCCAGCAUCCCCUGCCGGUUGUUUCUUCUUGUCGUCGUGUGUUUCGGUCGUUACGAAAAACAAAAAAAAAAGAAAAGUGUGGAAAAGAGGCUUUUCACCGCGAGGAUUAUUGACACGUGCGCGCGGGAGACAGUCACCUGAACGGUUGAGUCUACCGUUGAAGAAGACGACGUGGGGUUGUUGGUGAAAGGAUUUAUACGGAGGCUGUGAGGAUGCGUGGAAUAAUUCAUACGUAUUAGGAUUUAGAUGAAAUUACUUGGCCGCUCUUCGUAAGAGCAUCACGUGGGAGUGAGUUUUCUUGGUGGAGUUUUCGGUGGAGGUUUUUGCCUUGGGGUGAUCUGCGAUGAAGAUGGGUUGUGUCGACGACGAGUAGUUCAAAGGGAACGGCGAAGGAAUCUGUGUCCUCGACGUGCGACACUGCCGGAAGGAUUACCGCCGUGAAGGGUGGGAUGUGCGGUGAUACCACGGGUUAAACGGAAGGUGACAAGAAGCCGACCGUGACGUCUGCGGGCAAAGUUUCGUACUUUUGUUACAAGUUGAGAAGAUUGCACACACGUGGUGGAAGACACGCUUCAAGGAAAAGUUGUCGCCAACUUGAGAGAAGAGUACAAGAAGUUGAUAAGCUGGCAGUGGAUUCCACAAAGUGCAAUGCUGCUGGUAUCCGGCAUGAUUCAUGACCUCGACGACAGGGCAAAGUUGUACGGAAAGUACCUGCUGGAACAACGACACCAGCAGUGAGUGACAAGUUGUUGACAAACGGAGUGAUAACGAUGCACGAUUAAGCAGCAUCCUGGUACUGGUGACGCAAUUCAAUUAGAUGUGGUGAUGGUGGGUGGGAGCCAGCAUUCAGAAAGCACACAAUCGUACUCACACUUGGCACGGGAAAACGCCAAGGGAAUACGUAAUUGAAUUUAGCGGCACUGGACAGAGCAAAAAGGAGGUGGUGCAGAGAACAAUGCAAUGUGGUGACAGUCUACCUGAUCAUCUGGAUCAAGGGUUAUGUGUCUUUGUAUAAAUGUUGGUGAGUCGCUUUGAAUAAAACGGCAAAUUGCUAUCGUGGAACGUGCGAAUUAGUGUCCGUGUGCGCAGGGUGGGUUUGUGUGUGUGGCCAUUGUCAGAAGUGUAGCGAAACGAUUAGUACGAUUAUCUUGACAAGCACCUGUGUACUACAAAACAGUAGUAGCGGUAGCAGGUUGAUUAUCCGGCUUAAUGGUUAGGAUUAUCACAGUGUGUGGACACGGACAUUCGUGUUCAAAUUAUGGAUUAACAUAAACGGUUCUUUCAUGGUGUGUAUGACAACGCUUGAUCCGAGCAUCACCCACAGAAAUGCAAUUAUUUAGUGAGUGAUUAAGUGAGAAGGCUGAAUAAACGACGGUAUAAAGAAAAAACAAAACAAAAACAAGCGUAAAUGCAUCCUCCAGCAUCAAUUGGCAAGUGCAAACCCAAUUAAACCGACGGCGGAGUGCGUGGCGGAAAAAUGCAUAGUGCAAUCAUCAACGGGCUGUUCCUGUUAGCGAAUUUGCAUUUUUGCCAACACAAAGCAAACGGCAUCAUCAGCGGCGGUGGUGGCAUCGACGGCGGAGGUGGCCCCGGUGCCGAGGCCCAGCAACAGCAUUACCACAGUGUCAUCAAAAAGUUCUCCCCCCAUCCGUACUUUGACUUUGACAUCCCGCGGAACGUCACGACCCGGGUCGGCCAGACGGCGUUCAUCAACUGCCGCGUCGAGCAGAUUGGCGAUAAAUGGGUUUCCUGGAUCAGAAAGCGAGAUCUACACAUCCUGUCAGCGGGAAUGGUUGUGUACACGUCCGAUGAGCGAUUCCAGGUGACCCGCUCCGAGCGGUCCGAAGUGUGGACGAUGCAGAUCAAGUUCGCCCAGCAACGGGACUCUGGCGCUUACGAGUGCCAGGUCAACACAGUGCCUAAAAUGUCCAUGACAUUCCAGUUAAAUGUAGUAGAAGCGAAAGCUCUUAUCCUCGGACCAACCGACAUAUACGUAAAAAUCGGCAGCGCCGUCACGCUGACCUGUAUCAUAACCCAAGGACCACACGAUUUGGGUACAAUCUUCUGGUACCGAGGGACAAACAUCAUCAAACCCACGGAGACUCAUCCCAACGAGACGUCAGUGGCAGCAGCAUAUCCUCCACGAAUAUCCGUAGAGCUCAAGUGGACAGAAGCGUUAACGUCGAGACUGAAAAUUAUGGACGCCAAGCUGUCCGAUUCCGGCAACUACACGUGCAUGCCCACGUCGGCCGAAGCCAGCAGCGUGAUGGUGCACGUGAUAAAUGAGGAAAACCCUGCCGCCAUGCAACGGGGUGGCACCAUCGUCAGCCAGAGCAGCACUCCGUGCCAGCUGUACCUGCUGGUGGCCCUGGUUUUACUCGUGUCCCGGUGUCAUCCCUGCUGGUCCCGGUUGCUGCCACAGUCGUCGUCUGCGCCGUCAUCGUAGCAGUGGCGUUAAACCCUUUCCACCAGGCGAAGGUCAACCCAUCAAGUCCCCAUCCCUCACCCUCUCCCCUUUUAGUAGAAUCACCGCCAAAUCCCCGACAGCAAAGGCUGCUGUGGCCACUGCCGGAGUCCCCGGAAAAACCAUGAGAGGCCACUCCAGUGGCGCUGAUUGACGACGAGAGCAGCAGAAUAAAAAAAAAUAAACAAAUAUCCAAUCGAACUCAAUUUGGGAAAUGGCCCCCGGAAAAGCGGCCAACAGCGUUCCCGGAAAUCAAGAUGUAUCCACCCCGGGAGAGGCUGACGGAAAAAAUGUGAUUAGACUAGAGCAUAGAACAUAUAAACCGAAGGUGUAACGCGAAAUAUCUUUAGGAAGAGAAACAAACCCCCUUUAGUGGAAACGACACCCCAAAUUGUACAUAAAUUAGCCUGUAAGCCCACUCGAUCUCAACAGACGACAAACGUUGUUUUAUAUUAGAAGAAUGACCCCGAAUCGGAAAAUCAGAUGAAAAAUCUCUAAAUGAAUGACGAGACCAAUGUGUUUAUUGCUGUAAGAAUGUUGGAAUAAAUACUUAAGUUUAAACGAAAAAAAAAAA